AGCCAGUGCGAGGCUUAGAGAAGAGAGGAGCAGAAAAUCCAGUCCCAGCCAGCACCUAGAUGAAGUCACGUAGCAUAGUACUAAAUUCAUAAACUACCAGGAAAGAUAUAGUUAACUACUUCUAGGCAAAAAUAAGCAGGAAGAGCAUGGACUUACCUCAAUAUCUCCAAAGAGUAAAAUAACCUCACCAGGAAAGCUCUCACUGUGCCGUGCUCUUGUAAACAGGCUGUAUGCGGAAAUGAGGGGCUGGCAGAGGUUACAAGAAGCAGCACAUGCAGCGUUGCACAACCCCAGGCUUUCCAGACGGCAGUGAGCCACGGUGUGCACAGCCAGCCUGCUGCAGCCCAGCACUCGGCAGAGCUGCCACCUGCCAGAUCAGGCUGCCCACAGCCUCAUCCCACCUGGCCUCGAUACUCAGCAGAGCACAACACCUUCGGGCCACGGCGCUUCACACACACAGGACUCAUUUCAUCAUGACCUCUUUUGAAGAAGAUGAAACUGAAGAAACAGCAACAUGCCUCCACAUGACAUUUUACCAUCCUUGCCAACAAGACAAGAUGAUGUUUCGUUGCUUGAAUUUCUGUAAGCGAGAACAGGUCAGGGCAGAUGAAAUGGCCAAGUUUGGCCGUGAUUCUAAUGUCUGCCAUUAUAACUUAGUGGAUACUCGUGUUUCUCGGAUCCAGUUUUCACUGCAGUUCUACAGAAAACUUAACAGCUCUGAAUUUUGUUUUGAGAUAAAGAACAUGAGCAAGAAAACAAAGCUGACUGUAGACCAAACAGAACUGGGUUACUUAAACAAAGUUGAUCUGCCAUGGAAGUGCAUCAUUUGUUUUGGAGACUACCAGAUUUUAGCAGAGAUUCAAGAAGGAGAGGCCAUGGAUUAUUUCGAGACUCACUUACACUUGGCAAAAGUGCCAAUCUUACAAGAAAGGUGCCUGCCAUCGCUGCAACCUGUACCUGAGAAAGGCAUAUUCCCUUCCUUGUCUCCUUCCCAAGGCAAAAGCCCCAUAGAGAUUGAUGAAAAUGAGUCAUGCUAACAGCAAGGAGGAGGCUGGAUGAGUUUUUGAACGUGAAGCAUGCACAACUUCAAGAACUGAAGGCAAUCAUCUCAACCCACUGUUUCUAAUGGUUCUCACUGCUGUAUGUCAGUCCCCUUACACACUAUUUCCCAUACAGACAUAGCAGGUGUCUCAAUCCAAUUAUUGGAGGAGAUAUUUCGACAUAUAUAUACUCGGAGGAAGAUUAAGGCAGCAAGAGUCCAAAUGCUGUCAACUGACAUUACUCUCACAUGAGUGCUGCUGGACAAGCUUUGAGCCAACUUCUCACACCAGGACAUUACUUUGUUGAACAGAAACAGUGUGUCUGACACAGUGUUUAUCAGGGUAUACGUGCUCUCUGUUCAUUACAUAAACAUAUGAGAGACAUUAAAGGACCACUUAAGUCCAUGGCAGCAUAUUCAAUUCAAAACUGUGACCACAUGCCUAGAAGGUAUAUUUAGCAGGUGUUAAUAUUUUAUGCAAGCAGAACAAUGUCCUAGUCCCUGUACUGGUUAGCUCAAGAGGGGUGUCACAUCUCACUGCAUUUGUUAUACUUUGUGUUUUGCUUUUGACAUCAAAUUCUGAACAGUAUUUUCAAGCCUACGUUGUAACUUCCCAGAUUUUGUAGCUUAGAAGCACUUUGUAAGUGUAGCAUUUUUAAGUUAAUGUUUUUACUAACUUUGCACAGAGAUUUUUCUAAUAUUUUUAAAUAGAUGAAAAAAGUUUGGGUUUUUUUUUUUUUUUUUUGCAAGCAAGCAGUUUUUGUUUGUGAAUGUAAAUAAACAUAUGUUAUGUAAAGAUACAGCUAGCUUCUGUAAUAAACCAUUUGGUUGUUCAGUGAA